UUAUAUAUAAUAUUUGAGUGGAAUUCAGCUGGCAAUAUUAAAACCUGCUGGCGAUGUGCCUAUGACUACUUUACAAACGAUGUGAUGUCAAAAUUAUUUGGUCAGUCGGUUUUUAAAAAAUGAAUAAAUAGGAUUGUUCCCUCUCUCUUAUUCUGUGAACGGUAUAAUCUUUAUCGGUAGGUCCGAUCUAUCUCUGGAAAAGUCCUUAUUCUAAUUGGGGAAACAAUUAGAAACUUGCUAAUUCUUAAACCACUUGCUCAAUUAACUUUGUUGAUUUUUAGUCUUAGAUCUGCUUAUUUUUACUAUUGCUUGCUUUAAAUAACUUUAAUUUCUCAUGGGAUGGACAAUAUUGUUCUGAUAUGUGUGGAACAAAACAUUUUCGGAUGUGAACCUUUAGGAGACUAAGUUCUAGGCAUGACAUAGGGAAUUAAUAUUGCAGUUGAGAGUUGCAAUAUAAAUUACAACUUGAUUGCAUUUUGUCCAGAAAAAAAAAAAAAAGCAUUUUGAUACGAGAAAGGGAAUACAAUAGCUGUCUCUUUCAGAAGGUUCUGCGUUAUGACUUGCUGAACUACGAGCUAUUGAGAAUUGACUUUAUUUAAAAUACAGAGUUCAACUGGGUGGUAGUCUUGGGACGCUGUUGUUGAAUGCAGUCUGCAGUAUUUCUUCGCAGAGGCAAAACUUGAAACCUUUUGCACAGAUGAGUUUUGUUUUCCGAGGGACGAGAGCAGAUAUUGAAAGUGGAUUUCCAGGUUAUGUACCCGAACAACCUUCAAUGCGUAUGCAUACAGCUCGGCCAGUAAAUACUAAUUCACUGGCUUUUCUAGUCACAGCAGUUCUCAUGCUAUUCAUGAUUUUGAACUCUCAUCAGUUGUCUCCAAACUUUUUGCUCUGGCUAGUCGUAGGUGUCUUUUUGGUGGCGACAAGCCUGAGGAUGUAUGCAACUUGUCAGCAACUUCAAGUGCAGGCCCGGGCACAUGCUGCAGCUGCCAGUGGUUUGCUUGGUCACACAGAAUUGCGGCUGCACAUGCCACCAUCAAUUGCUUUUGCAACACGAGGACGGUUACAAGGACUAAGGCUACAACUUGCACUUCUUGAUCGUGAACUCGAUGAUCUAGAUUAUGAUACUUUGAGAGCACUGGACAACGAUAAUGCUACUACAACUCAAUCAAUGACCGAGGAAGAGAUAAAUGCCUUACCUGUUCACAAGUACAAAAUUGUUGGCCAAGAAAAUGCUUGCUCAUCGAUGCAGCAGCCAUCGUCAUCUUCUUUGGCAGCAACUGAGCAGGACUCCCGAAAGGAAGAUGGAAAAUUGAAGGCUUCAGAAGAUGAACUAACAUGCAGCAUUUGCUUGGAGCAAGUCAGCAGAGGCGAGUUCAUUCGCAGUUUGCCUUGUUUGCAUCAGUUCCAUACCAAUUGCAUUGACCCGUGGCUGCGCCAACAAGGCACGUGCCCGGUAUGCAAAUUCAGGGUGGGGUCAGGAUGGCAAGAAAACAGAGAGAGCGAUUCAGAUGGUUCAGACAUGGUUUGACAUUUCGUAGAUUUAAUGUGUUGUAUCUAUCAAUGAUGUAUAUAUCUGAUUAAAGAACUUGUGCACUUGUAUAUAGCCUGUAAGUUGAUUUGGUUUUUAUCCAAUUGGAUUGAGUAUUAAGAGAAUGAAUUGCAUUGUUUGUU